AUGAAUGACGACCUUCAAAUAUUAAAUCAAGCAGUGACAACACUUACAACGGCUGCUAAUACAACUUCACAGUCUUUGUCAAGUGAGAUACAAAAGGGCUUUAGCGAUAUAGUAAAUGCAAUGAACAACAUUGGAAAUACAACAAGAGAUGGACAAGGACUUGCAAUAGGUAUAUAUGAUAUUUAUAAUGCCCUCGCAGACAACAGUUUUGUAGAUUUAAAGUCAAUGCAAGAUUUAGCAGCAGAAUGUGGAAGAAUAGGAACAACUUCUCAAGGGCAUAGACUAUCUCCAAAACAACAGGCUCCGCUAGGAGGAGUAUUUAUACCGCCUUAUUCAAGCCCUACACUAUCAGAACAACCUCCACGUCAGCAACAACCUCCAAAGCAAGAGAACGCUCUAGCAGAACUAUUUAAAGAGCCUGAACAACAACAAGCUCCACCUCAGCAACAACAACCACAACAACCUCAACAACAACAAGUUCAACAACAAGCUCCAAAGAAAGAGUUCAGUCCACAAGAACUAAUGCGAAUGCCUUAUAAUGUACCACAACCUCAACAACCACAACAA